AACUUAGUCUAUGAUUGGUCAAUUUCUUAAGGCUUAAAGCUUACUACACCUAUUGUGGAUCGGGACUAACGGAAUAGCAACCAUCGGCCUAUGUGUUGGAAUAUAUUUCGUUUAUCCAAUAGAAAAAUUCUCCUAAAAUUGUCGCUUAACCCCUAAAAUUCGUUUUGAUGGUUAGAUAAGCGCGCCAUCUUCAAACUACUGAUGCACUUAUCCUUCACAUGAAUGAAAAAUGUAUUUUCUAACCUCUAUCUUCUUAUAACUUCAAAAAAUUAAUUAAGAUAAAUAAUUAGCAUAUUGGUGUCAACUCUGCAAGCCAGUUUAGUUCCUGAUUUAUAUGACUGAAUAUUGUAUAAACAUCACUCUCAAAACAUACAUACGCAUUGAUUGUUUGCUGCUAGAGUUCAAUUAUUGACAUUUACAAUGAACGGUAUAGAUUUAUAUGGCACAUUUCUUGAGUUACACAAGCCUCAACUGGAGUCUACCGGUGUUCCAGAAUUAUUUUGGAAAACUCUCUUUGAAAAAAUAGAGAAUGAAAUCUUUGACAGUGGACGUGUCUUCCAGUUAGUUAGAGUAGAGUAUGAGAAUACAACUAGACAUGUCACACAACCAGUUUGGAAGUUGAUUGUCUCUGUAGAUGAUGGCAUUAGUGCACAAGACUCAAAUAACAUCUACUUGAUCGAUCAUGCUUGGUUGUAUGAUGCUAGAUCAGCGCGACAAAAUCUGACAGAAGUAUUUGGCCUGCUGGAUCGUAUGUGCUCCCUUAUGGGCAUCGACACCAACAAUGCAGAGAGACAGGAGUUAAUUGAACGUGUCAUGGAUGAGAUGUGGCGGCACAACCAGACGUUUUCGUUGAACUCCCAGAAUGCAGAGGAACGUGUACCGAUAUGGUAUAUCAUGGAUGAAGUUGGGUCAGCAAUCAAUCAUAGCGACGACCCGAAUUUUCGAGCAGAGCCUUUCCUACACGUGUCGAGUGGUACAUCUUACACACUUCUGUUUCCCAUAAAAGAUGCCGCCAUGGGAGAUGAAGUCACGAGAGAUUUCGUCGAGGGUCAAGCUAGCACUCCUUCUACAAGAAGUUUGUUAUUACUACCAUGGGUCCACAGCACUUUCGACGUCGAAAGUUUCGAGCAAUCUGAGACGGAUGUAGAUUUCGUAGCGAAUUAUAUUUCCGAAACUCUGCCAGAAACGUUUAAAGCGAACAACAGCAGUAACAACAGGACAUUUAAAGUCUUCUCAGAAUAUAAGUGCGUCAACAAGUACUUGACGCAUCCAUCAUUUACAUUCGUUGAUAACGAUCAGGAAGCGGACAUACUAUGGCUCAUGUCGCACUUUAAGACUUUCAAAGAAUUGAGCGUCUCCUCGCCUGAUGUAUUUGUAAACCAAUUUCCUUGCGAGCACAUCGUUACCGUCAAGGACCUCCUGGCGAUCGUAUGUAGGAGAAAAGCGAUGGGCAAACAAUACGAUCCUGAUACUCUCGAGACCUUUCCAGCGUGGUUGCCGACCACAUAUAACUUACUGACGGAAUUGCAGCAGUUCGUCAGUUACUUCAAGGCACGGGCGGACAAGGAUCUCGACAACCAUUGGAUCUGCAAGCCGUGGAACUUAGCGAGAGGCUUGGACAUUCACAUCACGAAAGAUCUUUAUCAUAUUCUGCGGUUGCGUUGCACAGGGCCCAAAAUUGUGCAGAAGUACAUCACGCGACCGGUCCUGUACAACAGGCCGCAGAUCGGUCGAGUGAAGUUCGACAUCAGGUACGUCGUGCUGCUCAAGUCCGUGAAGCCGUUAUGCAUGUACGCUUAUGCGAACUUCUUCCUACGAUUCGCGAACCGGCCGUUCGCGUUGAACAACCUGGACGUGUACGAACAACACUUCACCGUGAUGAAUUAUUCCGACGAGAAUCCGCUCUACCACGUGAAAUGCGCCGAAUUCAUCGUCCAAUGGAAGAAUCAGUACCCCGAUUAUCCGUGGGAGACUUACAUCGAGCCGGAGAUUUUCUCUGUCCUUCAUGAGACUUUUGAGGCUGCAAUCGCGAAACCGCCGCCACAGGGAAUCCCCGAGAGCCCGCAGAGCAGAGCUGUGUACGCUGUCGACAUGAUGCUGGAGUGGCGUGGCUCCAAGAUGCAGCCUAAGUUGUUAGAAAUUAAUUUCAUGCCAGAUUGCCAGCGAGCAUGCGACUAUUAUCCGGAAUUUUACAACGAUAUUUUCAAAUGCCUGUUCUUGGAUAUAGAAAACUCGCAAGUAUUCCACAAAUUACAUUCGGUCGAGGUAUGAUCACCGUUGUAUAGCUAUACUCUUUGUAUAGCUGCGAAUAUGUUAAAUAAAAUAUAUGAUUAAAUAAUAUAUAAGACUUAUAUAAUAUAUAAGUCGAAAAGUUCUGA